AUGAUCCGUAUUAGAAUAGAACAUGAAUUUUGGACACAAUCAAUGUUAAUUUGUUGUAAUCAAUUAAAUCAUUGGACAAGUAUAUCAAAACAUAUAUUUCUUCCAAAUACUACAUUUCAUACAUUAUGGUCAAAUGCUUAUCAAAUAAAUUAUUUAAUGCCAUAUGCAGUAACUUCAAAAUUAAAAUUAUUAAUUUCCGGUACGAAACAAGAGCAAUUAGAUGCAGAAGAUCUUUGUCAAUUUUUUAAUCACUUAUCAACAAUAACAACGAAUACAACAACAACAACAACAACAUCAAGUUCAGAAACAACAUUUGUCAAACGAUCUUAUAUUGAAAAACUGUAUCCUUUUGAAUUAGCUACAUGCUUUCUUUAUCAAAAAGAUUUCGAUUAUUCGAAAUAUUAUAUUCAAUAUGCUAAAGAUCAAUUUUUCCUUCAUUGGUCUCAAUUAAGUCGUCUAAAUGAAUAUGGCCGUAGAACAACCAUUCAACUAAUUCAACCAUAUUAUGAACUUAAUCAAUUUCUUGUUUUUAUUGAACAGAAUUUAUCUUUAUUAAAAAUUCUUGAAAAUCGUUAUUUAACAAAUAAUCAAGAUGAUCUUAUCACUCGAGAUUUAUUUCUGGAACGUAUACAAAAAGAUUUAUUAUCACAAUGGAAAUUGCCUGAUGUUAUUCGAAGUUCAAUAUCUACUUGGGAUGACAUUGUUACGAAUUGA